AUGCUGCAGAACACCGUGCCUGACGCGCAACCGGCGCCCGCGGAGGACCCCGACUGGGUGGUGCAGUGGCUGCAGAACACCGCCGUGCCAGACGCGCAACCCGCCCCCGCGGAUCUCGGCUGGAUGCAGUCGAUCCUCCGGCAGGUGGCGAAUCAGACGUUCCUUUCCAACUUCGCCCAAGAUUUCACCUUCUUCUUCCUAUCGGAGCAGCUGUACAUCGAUCAGGACGCAACCAUCCUCAUCCCACCAACGUCGGUUACUGGCGCUACGCAACCCAGUGGAACACGCUCACCCCCAAGCAGAAGCGCCGGUUACUCCGUUACCACGUCCUCAAGGGGCGUUACACCACACAGCAACUCCUCGACGCGGCUCCGCUCACGCUCUUCCCGACUUUUAACCAGAACCUGCCGUGAACAAGACUCUUAA